AUGGCAAGGCUCGCUGAUGAUGCCGACUACGAUGCAGGCGAAACGUCUGAGGAUGUAUCAAGUCCACUUUCAGAUGCUGGGAAUCAAGACAACUACGCAGACGACUUCGGACUAGGUGCGUUCUACAUAGUCGCCCUGGCAACAAGACCAAGUUGCGACAACGAGGAGACUCGGUGCGUUCUACAUAGUCUCCCUGAGCACAAGACCAAGUUGCGACAACGAGGUCAACCCACUUCUAUUGGAUAUUAG